UUGUUCUCUUCCAACAACACAUCUCUUUCCUUUGGAGCCCGUAUUUUACCGCUGCCAUGCUUCAGACGCCACUCGCGCUUCUGCGGACGAUCGCCGUGAUGAACUGAUCUCCAUGGCCCUCGCUCGGGCGUGGUGGCUGAUCCCGCUGGUGGCGGCACAGGACCUGGGCUUGCCGGUGAUCCCGCGGCAGAUCCCACGACGCGUGGGGAUCAUCAAUGAGUCGCCUACGCCAGGCGCCUGGGUCGUGAACGAGCUGAAGCUCUACUUCACGGAGACCUGCGACGAGGUGUCCCUACUGGAACCCGCCAGCAGCGCUGACAUCUACGACUCCGGCACGCGCUUGGAGACUGCGUUGUUCACGACGGGGGCCUAUGCCUUUGACAAUGUCCUUUCCACGAAUUGGACGGCCGAUUGCAUGGUCCAGCUGGGAGGUUGUCAGGCCGCCACGGUGGGCCUGGGCAUCGACAUCUCGUUCACGGAGGCCUAUGCCGAGGCGGUCACGGAGAGGGAGAGCGUUUGGUCCAUCUUGGGCCCUCUUCUGGAAGCCAUCACAGUGAAGUGUAUCCAUAUUUUUCAAAGUGAUGACAUCUACGAGAAGUGCGACGAUAUCUCCAUCGUGAACGGCUUCAUGGUGCCGGACAGCGACCCGCCGGAGUACAGCUACGAGGUGGUGCAAACCUUCUACGCAGUGUCCGCGGGCGCGUGGUCGCGGCGCCCGGCGCCGCUGAACUACCUGUGGCGGCUGCAGAACGUGCAAGAGACCUUGGGCCCUUGGAGCCUCAACGAAGUGGAGUUCUUCGAAGACGAUUUGUGCACCUUCCAAUUGUCGGGUGCCAUUUUUUCCGUCGGCAGCGACAAGACCUCCGGGGUCUCGCCCAGCAUCUACUCGGAGCGCAACGUCUUCGACGGCAACGUGUCCAGCUUUUGGAUCGCCAAGUGCGAUCCCAUCCCAGGUUCCUUAGCACCGGUGAUUUGGGGCGACGGCUUGCAUUUCGACGGCUGCGAGCCUGAACAGGCCUAUGUGGGCUUGGAGUUCGACAUGCCGCAGACGGUCCGCUGCGUGCGGCUCUUCCAGAACGUCCCGCGCGACAUCUUCGAGCGCGAGUCGCGGCGCAGCUGGACGGAGGGCUUCGCCUUGCAGCGAUGGACGGGAGUCGAAUGGAAGAUGGAGGAGCAGUUUUGGGACCCCAAGGUGACCAACUUCGGAGACCCGAAGUACGCGCCGACCUUCGUGCUGCCCACGCCCUUCAUCGGCAACGCGCCCGGGGUCUGGGAAGACUUGCGGCCGGCGAACAUGUCCUGCUGGCGGUUGUCCAACGACGACUACACGCAAGGUCAGUGGAGCGUCUUGGAGCUGGAGUUCUUCACCAGCGAGUUCUGCGUGGAGAGUCCCGAGGGCGGCAAUCCGCGGGUCUCGGGCAUCCCGCUUGCCAUGCAGGGCCCCAAGGACACCUCGGUGCAAAACGCCUACGACGGCGACACCAGGCAAGAUCUCACCUGGACCUCCAGUUGCAGCAAAGGAUUGGGCAACAGUUGCAUGCCCGGCGAAGCCUGGCUGGGCAUCUAUGUCCGUGGCCAGCAGCCGGAUGUGAAGUGCUUCAAGCUCCUGCAGUCCAAGAACCUGAAUGAGCAGUCCUCCUUCGUGUCCUUGCACGUCUACUUGGAUGGCCAGUGGCGAACCCACUCGAUGCACCCGGAGAUCGGCGGUGGCACCUGGAAUCGCCGCCCGGCGCCGCAGUGGAGCCUCUGGCGGAUUCGCAACAACAACGAGAUCCUGGGACAGUGGCAAGUGCACGAGGUCCGCGCGUAUCGCGACCCGCUCUGCCUGGUGCAGAUGACGCCGGGCCUGGCCAUCGCCAGCGGCUACCACGGCGUGGACGAGCCGCAGGGCGCCUUCGACGGCGACUCGGUGACCUCCUGGGUGGCCAACUGCGACGUGAGCUGCGAUCAAGCGAGGAGGUAUUGGAUCGGCGUGGAGCUGCCCGCCGACGCCGUGGAGCUGCAGCCGGACGCCCAGGGGACCAUGGCGAAGGAGAACGUGGUGCGUUGCUUCCGAGUCUGGCAGAGCGAACGGUUGGACCGGCAGAUGGUCAGCGCACAAGUGCAGAUCUGGAACGGAGAGAUCUAUACCAUGUCGCCGGUCACCGACACGGGCUCGCUGCAAGACCUGGGCGGCGGCGUCUGGUCGCGGCCCGCGGCCAGCUUCAUGACGAAGUGGCGCCUGAUCCCGGACGAUCCGACGGAUCGGCUCUGGCGGCUCAUGGAGCUGGAGCUCUACGCGGACUCCGCGUGCCAACACCGGCUGAACCGCUCGGGCGACACGGGCGGCGGCACGUCGAUCCUGGCGUCGGGCUACGUGCCCUUCGUGAGCUACUUCGAUCGGAUGGCCAAGGGAAAGAUGUGGUCCGAGGCGCAGCACUUGAACGAUGGGGAUCUAUCCACGGGGCUCUUGCUGCAGCAUCAGCCGAACACGAACCACUCACGCUUCGCCUUUGUGGGAGUGGACUUCUUGUCCGUGUCCACCUGGGUGAAGUGCAUCAAGCUCCUCCAAGGUCCCAUGCCGGAGGAGUCCGUCUCCUCAGCCAAGUUGGAGGUGUGGAAUGGGCACGAGUGGGCGAGCAACGACCCGGAGCUGAGCCAAUUCGAAGUGCAGCUGGACGGCCUGGGCGGCGGCGGCUGGCAACGGCGCCCCGCGGAGCCUGGGUCCCUGUGGCGCGUGGAGAACGCGGUGGAAGUGCCACAAGGCUGGGCGCUCUACGAAGUGGAGUUCUUCACUGGGAGCGACUGUAGCAGCGGGCGGCUGGUCGGCUCGGUCAUCGCCAGCGGCUAUGCGCCGCCAGUGGAGGACCACGCGCCGGUGAAUGCCAUUGAUGGGAACAUCUCGACGAUUUGGCUCUCGCAGUGUUGUCCCGUGGACAUCUUUUCGAGGCCCUUGGGCUUUGAGCAGUUCGAGAACUUCCGCGUGGGUUGCAACGUCUCAGAUGCCUGGGUUGGCGUUGACCUGGGCACCGGGAAGACCGAGCAGAAUGUAAGGUGUUUGCGCAUCUACCAAGCAGGCUACGAGCUGAUGCAAAGUCCUUCAGCUUGGGUCUCCAAGUGGGACGGCAGGGCCUGGGUGCAGCAGUGGCGCAUGGAUGGCUUGGGUGGCAGUGACUGGAACCGCCGCCCCGCCGCGGGAAACAGCAUGUGGCGCUUGCAAUAUUUGUCCCGGAAGGACGAGGCCUGCCCGUCGCAGCUCUUGCGGAUCACGCACCGGCCCUGGGGCGUCGCCGAUCUGAAGUUCUUCUCGGACGACGACUGCUUGACGCCCAUCGAAGGAGGACAGCCGAUCACCUCGGGGGGCUUCGACUUCUUUCAGCCCUCGGUGGCGGAUCAGAUUUCCUACCACUCCAGCAGGAUCGUGGACAAGGAGACGGAAGUGUCCACCGGGCUGACGAGUCAGUUGACCACCUGGGCCGCCAACUGCCGCACGGGCUUUCUGACCAACGCCGCCGAGGACACCAACUGCUCUGGCGCUUGGGUGGGUUUGCAGUGGCAGAAGGCUCACGAGGUGCGCUGCGUGACGCUGGUGCAGAGCCGCUGGGAGGCCUCGAAGUGCUGCGACGCGGCCGACCGGUUGGAGCUCCAGAGGUGGAACGGCUCCAUGUGGGUCGAGGCCUCCUGGUUCCGCCGGCCCCCGCCCCCCGCGGUGCCCACCGAGAACAACGUGCGGCCACCGGUCCAUUUGGGUGCCACGUUCAAGAACAUUGGAAUUUGCCCGUCGCGUCUCAGUAGCAAGCGGAUCUGGGAAGAGGCCCUGGAGGAGAAGCGCUCGCGCCGCGACAGCGAGACGUGCAUCGUGAAGUUGACGGGUGCGGUGCCCUUACUGGCGGAGCCUGGGUGUAUCAAGCAUGAGAGAUGUCGAGAUGUCGUGGGGAACGAGGGCACCUGCUGCCCCAUCGGUGACCUCGUGGAGUCGGCGAACCGCUGCUGUUGCGGCUUCUUGGGCGGCGAACCGGUCUUCCUGGACGAGUACACCUACAGCGACGCACGUGACAAGCUGAGCUUCGAAUAUGCGACCAUUUGGAUGUCGAACGUUCUGCCCUGGAUUGGCCUGGCAGUGACCAUCGCCCUCUACUUGGCCGCUGUCCUCUUCCCCGCGGACGUGGAGGCUCGUGCCAAAGCAUGGAUCCGCAAGGAUCUCUUUGCGCUUCCCGGCACCCGCGGCCGCGGCAAGCGGCUCUUCUUCAAACGCGUCGUGGUCGUGGUCUCGUGGCCUUUGCUGGCCUGGAGGACCUAUUUGCGCAUCAGCCGCUCCGAAACCAGCAAGUUCAUCCGCUGGUUCAUCUUGCCCAACGGCCGCACCCCCAGGCCGUUGGAGCUCUACCGGUCGCUGCUCUUCUUGGCCUUCGGCUCCGUCUUCGCGGGCAUGGCUCCGUGGCUUCUGCUGGGCGCCGUGCUGGGAGAGAUGAUGAUUGGCAGCGCCCUGCAGCUUUGUCAGGUGAUCCGAUACUUCAAGUCGCCCUUCGACCCUUUGGACUUGCGCGAUAUGCAGCUUCGCCAGGAGGUCUCCCGAGUGAAGGUGAAGUAUGAUGAUGGCAUGGCCUCUGCUUUGGAUGUGGCCGUGAACGUGGCGGCCACCUUCGUCUUCGGGUUGGCCUACUUUGGGAAAUUCAUCUUCGACCUGUUGAUCGUGCGUGCGCAGAUGCUUUCCUUCGAGGCCAUCGAAAACAUCGAGGCGGACAAGGUGGUGGAGCUCUUCCCAGGUCUCCUGGAAACGCUCCGAGAACCUGCGAUGUUGCUCUACGACAUGAUGUACUUCACCAGCCAAGCAAUCUCUUUGAGCCUGGGCACCUUGGUCGGCAUCCCACUCUGUGAAGGCCCCUGCGCCCUGGCAGGCUCAGUGGCGCUGGUGAUGAUCUUGUAUGGCGCCUCGCAGUGGCUGAACUACGACCUCUUCGGCCUCUUCGUGGCGGCACGGCAGGUGGUCCGUGCCACGCGACCGGAGUGCCAACGUGUGCUGGCACAGUCGUUGAUCCUCUUCUGCUUAAGCGCCUCCUUCGCAGCGGUGCAGAUGACCAUGGUCCUCUUCACCCGGGCCUUGGCCUUCGCCAACCCCUUUGUGGUCUCCACCUGGGUGUGCGAAUAUGAUGACACCUUAGCCAUCUUCGUGGGCCGAUUGCUGCUCACAGGCUCCUCACUGGUGGGCCUGGUCUUUGUCUUCUUGUGCGUGAAUGGCCACUUCAUGGGCCAGGACUACAUCACCGCGCGGGUCGCCAGCUUCCUGGGCAUCGACCUCACGGCCUUGGACCCCGACGGCAUCGGCGAGGAGGGCGGCAUGUUCCGCCUCAACGUCUUUGGCGCCGCGCUCCCCACGCUGUUUGGCAUUUGGUGGGAUCCUUGGAACAUCGAUGCCUACCUCGUCCACGAGCGGGCGCACGUCUACUCCAUGGAGCUGCGAGACCCCCAGGCCUGCAAGCGCUGCGAUAAGAUCCACGUGCAAUACGAGCUCAUGAUGACCGCCACCGGGCGAACGGUCUCUGCCGCCGUGCAGAUCGUGCCCUACGGCGCCGUCGUGGCCAAGGCGUGCGAGUAUCUGAAUGACCCGCCCUUGGUCUACAUCGGCAACAAGAUGAGCUGCUUGAAGAUGAAGAAGCUCGAGCGGCCUCCGCGACCACGCAAGAAGAACGUCUUGAUCAGGGCCUACUACUUGCUGGCAGAGAUCCUGGCUUAUUCUGUGGAGUAUCUGGUGCCCUUCCUGCGGCGUUUGACCUCCAUCGGGAUUCUGAUCUAUCUGGCCCUGGGCACCUUCACCCUCACCGAGCAGAACUUGGCCGAGCAGGGGACCUACGUGAUCCUGGGUGGAUUUACUUUGUCCUUUGUGAAGGCAUCCUUGGAACGUUUCAUCCCUGCGCUGCUGAAGUACGGCUUGACGGGUGUCUACUUCGCCAUCAGCAGCGCUCAGGGCAUCAAAACCAAGGUGAAUCUGUUGGUCCGCACCAUUUCCGGUCAGGUCUUGUCGGGUGCCACCUGUGCAGGGAUGAUCAGCGGUAGCAUCAUGGCGGCGGAGUGGGCCUCGAGAGAUAAUGCGAUCAUCAUCUCCAGCAGCGUGGGCUAUGUCUACAGUUUGCUGACCUUGCUCAUCAACGCCUCCUUGGAAGGAGAAGCGCCCGAGGUGGGCGAUGCACCCAAGAAGAAGCGCAUGCUCCAGCUGGUCCUGAAGAUCCUCGCCGCCGUCCUCACCGGUGGUGCCCUGGGCGCCGUGGUGAUCUACGCCGGAGAAGCGGGGCUUCAGAUGGAGAGCCAGAUCACGGACUCCUUCAGCUUCCAGAACCAGAUUGGCAACCGCUGGACGGCGCGCGACAGCAUCGGCCUGGUGGCCGUGAUCGUGGCGGUGCAAUUCGUGGUGCUUCGGGUCAUCCUCGUGGAGGAUCAACAGCCCAUCGACGAACAGGCGGAGCGGGAACCGCGCUGGCGAAGCUCGCCGACCCGUGUGGUCUUGCGGUCAAUGCAGUUCUUCCCCUGUUUUGCGGCGAUCCCGACCUGCACGUUGAUCAGUACGGUCUUGACCGAUUGGGUGGCCUCGCCCUUGGGCUUGAGCCCCUUGAACCGACAGAUCUUGCUGCUGAUGCAGGUGGUGAUUCUCGCGAACAUCUCCGCCUUGACCAUCAAUCGCUUGAUGGAUAGCUUCCCACAACUCAUGGGUUUCUUCGCGUGCGUCUUAUCGGCCUGUAUGCUUUGCCCUUGGAACUUCCUCUUCGGAGCCUUCACGGCCGUUUGGAUCGGCGUGGCCGUCGGCAGCAUCCUCGAGGAGGUGAUCCUCCGACGGACCUUGCAGCGGGAGAUCAAGCGGCGCGAGGCGACGGGGGAGGACGAUAUGGCCUUCUUCGACCAGAAGCGCGCAGCAUCCAUGGAAGAGUGGCAGGAGUUGGAGGACGAUGAGGAACCCUCCUUGCCGCCGCCCGAGCCCGACCGGGCUGACAAGCUGCAAGCCUACCUGGAACUGGCAGCAGCAGGACAUUCGCCCAUCGACUACGUGCGAGAGAUGUCGGGCCUGGAGCCGCGCGAGGAGGAGAACGAGAACCGCUUCGCCCUGGAGAACUGGGAGUCCAACGUGGCGUCCUCGUCCGAGGGCGACGGCUCGCGCUCCCGCUCCGACGAGGGUUCCGUGGAGGUGGAUGCACUGGAGGACGAACUGGACGAGGACGAGGAGGAGCUGCCGGAGCUGAGACCGUUGGAUGCCAGGAGUUUAGAGUUGAUGAAGAGCCGCUCCUUUCCGUCCUCCUCGGAGUUGGUGGAUCCACCCGACCUCUUGGAUGUGCAAGAGAGUGAGGCUUCAAAUAGCAAGGAUCGGCCACCAUCAGAGGAUGAAAGGGAAGGCGAUGACGUGGAACUGCCGGAAGAUGCAGGCGACGCCGACCUCCGCGCCGCCGCGGCCGCUGCGCUGGCCGCCGCGCCGGUGCCCUCCGUGCCGGAGCCGGCGCGGGAGGAGCCGGAGGAAGAGGAAGAGGCGGAAGAGAGGUCCAACGAGGAGCAGCGCCUGGAGGUGCGAAGUCCGACGGCGGCCUCGGAGAGCGCCGAGGCGGCGGCGGAGGCGGCGAUCGUCCCGGCUGAGUCUGGAGCGAUGCAGCUGGCGCGGCCGGAGGACGUGGAAAGCCCCUCCGCAGCCGAGCAAGCGCGGCGAGCACACCUGGAAGCAGCUGAAUCGAAACCAGCAGCCCAAGUGAAUCCCAUGCUCAAGAGCUUGAGCCCCAAGCGACAAGACCUCUGGUCUCGCGUCCAUGGUGCUCGACAGCCACGGGCCGUGCCCUCUUUGCGCCCGGCGCCCAACUCCCAACGUGGUCCCAAGUCCUCGAGGAGCGCGGGCUGAGCAGCUCAGAUGAAGGGCAUCCGGUGGGGGAGAGAUCUGGCACAACCGGGCAGCCCCCGUCGUGACCA